AUGGGCAAUGUGAUGGAGGGUAAGUCGGUGGAGGAGCUGAGCAGCACCGAGUGCCACCAGUGGUACAAGAAGUUCAUGACCGAGUGCCCCUCCGGCCAGCUCACUCUCUACGAGUUCCGCCAGUUCUUCGGCCUCAAGAACCUGAGCCCGUCGGCCAGCCAGUAUGUGGAGCAGAUGUUCGAGACCUUUGACUUCAACAAAGACGGCUACAUCGACUUCAUGGAGUAUGUGGCGGCGCUCAGCCUGGUCCUCAAAGGGAAGGUGGAACAGAAGCUGCGCUGGUACUUCAAGCUCUACGACGUCGACGGCAACGGGUGCAUUGACCGCGACGAGCUGCUCACCAUCAUCCGGGCCAUCCGUGCCAUUAACCCCUGCAGCGACUCGACCAUGAGCGCAGAGGAGUUCACCAAUACCGUGUUCUCCAAGAUUGACGUCAAUGGGGAUGGGGAACUCUCGCUGGAGGAGUUCGUGGAGGGCGUCCAAAACGACCAGAUGCUCCUGGACACACUGACACGAAGCCUGGAUCUUACCCGCAUUGUGCGCAGGCUCCAGAACGGCGAGCAAGAUGAGGAGGGGGCUGGCAACCAGCAAGAUGAGGAGGGGGCUGGCGGCGGGGCGGCUGAGGCAGCCGGCUGA